AUGACUUGUGGUUUCCAAAACGUUAAAGGAGGUGCGGCCGAGCUUAAUACUGGCUUCUACAUACCACUUAUUGGUUUAGGAACGUAUAAGAUCACAGGGGAGCAGGUAAAACCGGCUGUGGAAGCGGCUCUUGGUUGUGGAUAUCGCAUGUUCGAUACGGCGAAGUACUACAAGAACGAGCAGGAAUUAGGAGAAGCAUUAUCUGUUAGUGGAUCUCUUUGUCAUGUCCUAAUUUCAAAGCUUAAUAUGGAAGAGAAUGACUUGGAACUUCUGCCCAAGUACAACCUAUCACGAUCUGAUAUUUUUCUUACUACGAAAUUCUUCCCGGUUGCCGAUGAUCCUUCAAAUGGUGCUAGGAAGCACGUAAUGGAAUCCUUAGAAUUGCUCAAGACAGACUAUAUUGAUAUGGUCCUUAUUCACUAUCCAAAAGCUGAAGAACUAGAUGAGAAAGACGAGAGAAAUCCGCUUCAUAGAAAGCUCACAUAUCUAGAACUCGAAAAACUUAAAGAUGAGGGCAAGAUCAGGUCUGUAGGAGUGUCGAAUUACGAGUCCCAACAUAUCGAAGAAAUCAAAACAUAUGGAAAGAUGAUGCCCUGUGCAAAUCAAGUAGAAUAUCAUCCUCACUUCACUCGUGAUGAACUGAAAAAGUACUGCGCUAAAGAGGGAAUUUUUUUCCAGGCGUUCUCAUCGCUUGCCCGUCUUCAGCCGGAGCUUGUGCAAGAUCCUGUGCUCUUAGAUCUGGUCAAGAAACAUGGCACCACUGUUACAAUGGUACUGCUUUCGUGGGCUCUCAGCCAGGGUGUGGGGAUCAUUCCGAAAUCGGCUACUCCGGAGCGCAUAGUUGAGAAUUUGAAGGUGACAGAACUGGAGCUCAGCGAGGAGGAGAUAGAGUUGUUGCACAAGCUCAAUCGAAAUCAGCAUUAUAUCCGAUGUUAUGGAUGGCGUGUGUUGUGA